GAUAACUAAUAGUUAUUUUUAAAGAGACAGUGCUUUUGAGCGUACAUUAACAAUGGUGAUUGUUCGCACGUUUGUGUUUUUAGUGUGUUUUUAUGUAAUAUAUGGAGAUGCCGCUGAAUUCAGUACACCGUCUAAUGAGAUUCCAGAGGAGCCUAAAAUAGAAGCUGUCUGGGAUGAAAAAUGCGCAAUACGAAUAACAGGUUCUGGCUUGAAAUGGAAGGGAAAAAACAAUGCCUGCUAUGCACCAGGUCAACAAGGAGCACCUGGUCCCGUUGGUCCUCCUGGUAUUAAAGGUCCUAAGGGAUCGCCUGGUAUACCAGGGCCUAUGGGAGAAAAGGGAAUUAUUGGAGACCAAGGUCCACCAGGAGUUCGGGGACCAAAGGGGGAAAAAGGCGCGCCGGGAGAGAUUGGUCAAAAAGGAGAAACGGGAGAUGCGGUAACGGGCCUUCCCGGUCCUCCUGGACCUCCAGGACCUGUUCCUAGUCCACUGGACCAGUGCAAGGGCGAAUUUUACUAUAUUAACCCAAUAGACAAAUUCUUCGCAAACUGUGACAUUAAAAAUAACAACAAAGUUUGUGUCAAAUUCACAAGUAAAAGUAAGAAAUGGCAUAAAGUCUGCGAAAAAGCCGCGCCAUGUUGGCUUCUACAGUCAAAUUUAAAUAUGGACGAACUAUACGGUGUAAAUAUGUAUGCCAAUAUUGAGUAUUUAAGCAAAUUCGAGACGUUGCAUAACACGCAAACAAUCGAAAUGGACUGCAAAUACGUUAGCAUAGAGAACAUGAGAAUUUUACUCCUACACAGCCUCAAAAUAGGAAUAGAUGCUACAGAGCGAACAUCGGUGCAUUAUGAAAUUAUUAAUAGCACUUGUAAUAAAGACACCGAGGAUGGUAAAGCCGAAUUGCAAAUAACAUUGCCCGGCCCAUUUUUGCCAAUAACUGACCUUUACAUCGCAGAUAGUACUGAGCAUUCGGAACUAUCUAUUAAAGUCGCUGAAGUCUGCUUCUAUUACAUAAUUUAGUAAAUGAU